CUCCCCCCACCAGAUGACUGUCAGUGCGCAUUUCCUAUUGGAAAGAGGCAGCGAGAAGUAAACGGAGGAGACCGAGAGGGGAAGAGAGAGUGUGUGAGGGAGAGAAGGAGAGAGAUAGACCGAGAGGGAGUCCAGCGGAGAGGCAACUUCACCCGGGGUUUAUCACCGCGCGGUGCCGGAGAGGAGAGGUCGCUUCCGAGCGCAGCAUGAUCGAGCUGGUUAAAAAGUGACCGUGGACGAAGCAUCUGACUGAAGCGCCUGUUGGCUGAUGGACUGCUGGAGAGCACAGUGACAGGUGACAGAGAAGGGACCCGGAGGAAGAAGAUACAGCGGAGGAAAGUUAUCAACUAUGGAGAUGCUCUGUUGACUGAGACUUUACGCACUGCUCGGACCAUUUAGAGUCAUUUCCUUGGACUGGAUUUUAUUACAGACGAUCCCAGUGCGCUUGUCCGUCCGGUGAUACCACAACCAGCCCGGUCGCGUAUAAAGACAGAGCGAGCGGAUCCUUCCACGCAAAAACAAUCAGCGGCGAGAGCAACUAAAAUGCCUGCGUUAUACCUCAUCUUUUGCCUUAUGGCCACAGCAGCCACCCAAGCAGCCUACUUCUCCCAGCAGCCCCAGGACCAGGUGGUUGUGUCCGGUCAGUCAGUGACUCUUCCUUGUGUCAUUGUGGGUUACCGGGGAAUGGUACAGUGGACCAAAGAUGGCCUUGCACUGGGAGGAGAAAGAGACCUUCCAGGCUGGACGCGCUAUUCCUUAAUGGGCGACCCGCUAUCAGGCGAGCACAGCUUGCUGAUCGAUUCGGCAGAGUUGGCGGAUGACGCGGUGUACGAGUGUCAGGCUACACAGGCGGGACUGCGCUCCCACCGUGCCAAGCUCACUGUACUAGUUCCUCCUUCAGACCCUGUGGUGGAGGGCGGCCCCGUUGUGCGUCUUAAAGCCUACACACCAUACAACCUCACCUGCAGAGCCUCAGGAGCCAAGCCUGCUGCUGAGAUCACCUGGUACAGAGAUGGGGAGGUUAUGGACACUGCGGUUUAUUCCAAGACACCGAUGGAAGAUGGGAAGAGGGAGACGGCUGUCAGUAUGCUUCCAAUCAUCCCAGAGGAUAGCGACUCUGGCCGCACCUACACCUGCAGGGUUCUUAACCCAGCUGCUCCUGCUGGACGACAAACAUCAAUCACUAUCAAUGUCCAACACCCUCCCUCUGUGACGCUGUCAGUCCAGCCUCAGACCGUGACCGAGGGAGCCAAGGUUCUCUUCAUCUGCUCUGCUUCAGCCAAUCCUGAAAUCACUGGAUACAGAUGGUCGAAAGGAGGACUUCCCAUCUCGGAGGCAAAUGGGGACAGCCUGGAGGUGAUGGUGGACUACUCUUACUUCACAGAUCCUGUCUCCUGUGAGGUGUCCAACUCUGUGGGCAGCACCAACGUCAGCACCCUGGUCGAUGUCCAAUUUGGCCCCAGACUGCUGUCGGAGCCAAAGCCAAUGACAGUGGAUAUAGGGAUGGAUGCAUCUUUUACUUGUGCGUGGACUGGGAACCCUCCCCUGACCCUGGCAUGGACCAAGCAGGGCUCCAGCGUGGUGCUCAGUAAUGGUAACACCUUGCAACUGAAGGCUGUUACCCAGGAAGAUGCUGGAACUUACACCUGCAAGGCCAUCGUACCUCGGAUUGGAGUUGCAGAAAGAGAUGUCACUUUAACUGUAAAUGGUCCACCUAUCAUCACAGCGGACGCCACGCAGCACGCUGUGAAGCACUCCAAGGGCAAGCUGGAGUGCCGGGUGGAGAGCAGCCCCCCGCCUGAUAAGAUUGUGUGGACCUUCGGAGACACGAGUCUGUCCUCUGGUUCCUCCGGUCGUUACUCAGUGCAGACAGUUACCAGCGACCACGGCGUCCUGUCUUCUCUGGUGCUGUCUGAGAUUCUGGCUCAGGAUUUCCAGCUGCGCUACAACUGCACCGCUUGGAACCGAUUCGGCACGGGCACCGCCCUGGUCACACUGAAAGAACAAGAAGCCUUGCCUAUGUUGAUAAUUGUUGGUGGAGCAGUAGGUGGAGGCUGUGUCCUGCUCAUCUGCGUCAUCACUCUGGUCUCCCUCUGCUGCAGGCACACAGGCAAAGGUGAGCUCAACGGUAAGAGGUGUACUCGUCUUUCCAAGAGUGACAUCAGAGUUCAAAUCGUUCAUAGUGAUCACAACGCUACACGUGGCAACGAUGAUGAGGAGGAUGUCAAAGAGCCGAUGGCUCCAAACAGCAGCGAGUCUCCUGGGACGUCGCGAACAGAACACAGUGACCUUCUGGAGGAGGAGGAGGAUGAACGAUCGGAUAUCAAGGACCCCACCAAUGGCUACUACAAUGUCCGGGGCCAUGAAGAUCGCCACAUCCGCGGCAGUGGGUUCUCUGAGUAUGUGCCCAACACUCGCCCAGUCUACACUCCAUCGCAGCUGCCCUCCCCCAGCCCAAUGUAUGGUCAGCAUGGCACACAGCCUCGAGUCUAUGACUUCUCCCACCGAUACGCAACCACCACUGCGGGCAGAACCUCAUAUGAACAGCAGCAAGCUGCCCAGCAACAGCCUGCACAGGCGACCAGCAUUUAUCCCACUGACCCACUCUACAGUGGCUCUGCUUACUUACCUGCUACUUAUGGUCGCGCCUUCACCAGCUACGUUAAACCCGCUUCCUAUGAGAAGGUGGAUGCGUAUGACCAAUCAGAUCAGGCCAGCAAGGUGUCCAGCUCGUCUCGCUUCUCUUAUGCCUCCUCACAAGUGUCCUCCCAGCAGUCCGACUAUGGCCGGCCCUCACAACGAAUGCAGACUCAUGUCUGAUGGACAAAAAAGAAAAUGGAGAAAAGAUGAUUACGGGAGCAGCGAGUAACUAUUGUCACCUCCACAUACUCGUGUGGCUUGACUAACAUGAACAGAGACUUUCUUUACUUGGACGGUCCUUAAAGGACAAGUUUGGACAGUAUUUUUGGAGGCAGUUGUGUGAUUUCGGUUAUGGGAUAACCAACCUGUUGUGACUGAUGGCAGGAUCUACAAUAAUGCAAACUGUAGAGAAACUGCUGAGCUGGAGAAUUCAGCAGAUUGUGGUGUUCAAGUCAAACUUCUGAUUCCAGUGUGAUACCUCGACAGGUUACAACUCAAACCUGUGGAGAUAUUCAGUCAGUGCAAGAGCCAACUAGAUAAUAUAUCAAAUGAAUAUGGGUGGCCAAAACGACAGGGGUAGAUGGUUACCUGCAUUCCAGAGUUUACUUUGUGUCAACACAAAAACAUGACCUCUAAAAUACUUUGAACCGAGACCAUCUAACACAUAUUUGAAGGAAAAAACUGAUACGAACAAGCUAUUUUUGUCUCUCAUUCAGUGUUUUGUUGGCAUGCGAUAGGAAUUCUAAGCACAUUUGUGUCUCGAUCAUCGACAACAGACUGAGCUGUACACAGAGACAGACAUAAACUAUUCUGCACAACAGGCUAGCUCUACUGACCAACAAGUGCUACAGGCACUGUAUGUAAGAAGAGUUGAAUCAUCGCUGGAAUACUUCUGGCCUGAGCUGUAUUCCUGGAGCUUCUUCUGAUGAUAACCCCUAACAUGUCGGACUUAGUGGUGUUGCUUACCGGUGGAUAAAAGAAGGAGAUGUGAAGAGAAUGUGUAUUUUAGCCUUCGUUCUCAUGAAGGACUGUAUGUUAACUGUGUGUUUUACCAAGAUGGACAAAGUAAGGCCAUGAAAACCCAAAGAUGGUGAUAACUGUACAGAGGGGGAAACGGGGGCUGGGGGCAGAAUACUGCUGUCUGACUCCGGAUACUGUUUUCUGCGGUAUUUUUCGAUUGUAAAAUGAAGAGUCUGCUUUUACCAGAACAAUCAAAAGUGGUGGUUUUGAAAAUGGCGGCAAUCUUGAACUUGAAAUAAACUUGAAAAUGAAUGCAGCGUCCUAGGCAGGCUCAGGCGGGGGUGGGGGUAGGUAAGACGUUUAAGGCAGUUCUGGUGUAGACCACACACUCUCAAAAGUUUUACAAAUCAAUCAAAUUGUCUCAAGAUGUUUACAAGAAACAGUACUACCCUGAAACAUGAAGUAUCUGUACAAAUGGCUGAGCCCAUACUUUCUCUCUGUUGCAUGCAAAUGAUGUGUCUAGUGAAAAUCUUCAGCGUUAAUAUUCAUGUCCAUUUCAUGUUUGACACAUUGGUUUGUGCACCUGGCCCAGUUGCAUUCCUCUUCCUGGAUGUUUCAGUAUGAAUGCCUGUACUGCCAUUUGUCGACAAAGCUGUUACCAGGCAGCCUGAUGAGAGAGCAAAUGUCUACUUCAAAGUGAAGAGGCAAAACAUCAUCGCUUGUCUUUAUUUUUAUAUUUUAUAUAAGCCUUAAUGUACAGCGUGUAAGCUGCUCUAUUGUAAAGUAUCUUUAUAUACAUGUCUUUAUCUUAGUUGAUUUAUUUGGCACCAUGGAUUUUCUUCUCCGAGUUGUUCAUCAAUCAUUGAAUGCAGUUACUAUGCUUUUUCUUGGAACACGACUAAUUGCCAUUUGUUUGUUUAUUCUUUUAAUAAUGUAUUCAGAAUUUUAUUUGCUAAAAAGGAGCUAUCGUUGCUUGUACCUUUGUACACAUAUUUAUAUUUAAAUAAAACCAUUUCCG